CUUUGAAUUCCUUUCGCCUACCCAAAUCCUCUUCUUUCCAAUCCUUUCCGCUACAUCCAGUCCACCAUCACCCGCCAAACAGACCCAAAUCCAGAAAUCAUGCGUGCUACAUUCUUCAUCUCUGCUCUCGUGAGCGCCAGCGCUGUCUCCGCCCUUCCCACCAUCCUCUCUAGCCGAGGAGAAUACUGUGACAAGUCUCCCUCCGAUGGCCGUGCCGCCACCAUCUUCAAGCAGCAAGACUUCCAGGGCGACAAUGUCGCUGCCGAUUUCCAGCCUGUCCCAGUCACCUACGGUUCCUGCUUCAGCAUGAACAACUUCUACGGCAACUGGGCUUCCACCACCAGGAGCUUGAUUGUCAACGACGGUUUCAAGUGCGAGUUCUACACGGAUGCCACCUGCACCAGCGCACCACUCUGCCUCACCGGCCAGGGCGAGCAAAACGUCCAGCACACCCUCCCCGAGGGCUUCGACGGAAACAUCCAGAGCGUCCAGUGCAACGCCGUCUAAACCUCUCCACCUCGUCCAUCCCAAUCGACCGAC